CUCCCUGGGAGAAGCGUGGGCCCAAGUGAAGAAGAGCCUCGCAGAUGAGGCAGAAGUUCACCUCAAGUUCUCUGCCAAGCUUCACAGUGAAGUAGAGAAGCCCCUGAUGAAUUUCCGUGAGAACUUCAAGAAAGACAUGAAAAAGUGUGACCACCACAUUGCUGACCUCCGCAAGCAGCUCGCCAGCCGCUAUGCCUCAGUGGAGAAAGCACGGAAAGCCCUCACAGAGCGACAGAGAGACCUGGAGAUGAAGACACAGCAGCUAGAGAUCAAGCUGAGUAACAAGACAGAGGAGGACAUCAAGAAGGCACGGAGGAAGUCCACGCAGGCUGGAGAUGACCUCAUGCGCUGUGUGGACCUCUACAACCAGGCCCAAUCUAAAUGGUUUGAAGAGAUGGUGACCACCACACUGGAGCUGGAGCGACUGGAAGUGGAGAGGGUAGAGAUGAUCCGGCAACACUUAUGCCAGUACACACAACUGCGGCAUGAGACGGACAUGUUUAACCAAAGUUCGAGCCUGUGGACCAACUGCUUCGAAAAGUGGACCCAGCCAAAGACAGGGAGCUGUGGGUCAGAGAGCACAAAACAGGCAACAUUCGCCCCGUGGACAUGGAGAUAUAGACGCCUGUGUGGCCCUGGGGGUCCUGCUGAGGAGAGGCUGAGGGUCCCAUGGAGAAGGGGUGGUGGCUCCUGCUGGUUGGAGCUGCCCUCCUACCUGCUUUCCUGGUCCUCUGAAAAGAGGGGAAAGAGCUGGUGACCUGGACAGCUCAAAUGGGGGCUCCCUAAUAUUCCCCAGACCAUAAAGAUGGACCCACAGCCCUACCCUUGUCUCUGCAACUGAAGCCCCCAACUCCCAUGCUGUGCUUAUCACUCUGAGAACAAACCAAGGUUGGAACUCUGUAGCCUCUACUGAGCUACACAGGGGUGGCUAUCACAUGCUUGUGCCCCUGGGUACCCAAGGCCCAGCCUCCAUUUGGCCCUCUGUCUCCAAGACUUUGGAAGACCAAGGGAGGGAGGUCUCUGUCCAGCCAAUGUCAGAUCAGAAUCACAAUAGAAGGCGCUGUUUGGCUCCCAGCCCACACCUAGAAUCUUUUACAGCCCUCUUUCAUUUUUAACCAUUACAUUCUGGGAGCUCACAUCUGGCUUUUUUUGUCCACUUUUCAUCCCAUGGGUCCUGGGAAGAAGGCCUGGCUCCUGUCUUCCCAGACUGACCCUGCCUGAGAGGUCAGGAUGGAACUACCUCAUUCGGCAAAUUAGCCCCAAGCUGGAGCAUUGAAUCAUGGUUCCUAUCAGAUCAGGUGUGGUCUGGAAAGCCUACCCUGAAGUCCCAAUUCACCCAUCCUCAGCUCAGCAUGCUCGGCUGCUCAAGGAAGCCCCCCAACCCCACUCUGCCACUCCUCCCCAGUCUCAUCAUAGGGAGCCUUCCACAGUCCUCAGCCAACAAGACUUCAGCACAGAAACCAGCAGGCACAGAGGGUCAGUUGGGGUCUGUCUGCCACAGUGUCCUCUGCACCAUGGGCUGCCCUGGCCACUAUUCUCCCAGGAUGCCACCACAGGCAUUGUGGGACUGGGUCAGUCCCACAUGGGAGACAGGUCAGUGCACAUCUUUGUGACACUUUUGAUGGCUUCAUCUGCUUGUGCACGAUGGGAUUGGGAGCGCUGUCCCUUGUAUGGACACUGGACAGACAUUGCAGAUGCUCUCAUGGCCAUAGUAGGUUGUUCCAUCUGGGCAGUGCCCUGCCACAUGGCCUCCAACUCCUACUGCACCUUCCAGCCCUGUGCAGAGCCCUCACCAGAUGCCAGCACCUUCUUUCCACUGCCCAUCAUCCCUGGAGAAGCUUGGGCCAAGUGUGACCUGGGAAGUUUCCAGCAGUGCCACUGGGCCCAACUCCUAACUUCCUCUACCACAUGUUCUCCAUCUUCAUCUAGAGAAUCAGCUGCAGGGGCUGGGAGAAGAGAGGGAACUGCAGGAAGUCACACCAUGAGCAGGGAGUAAAUUCUGGCUGGGAACCCAUGAGAAUCCAUCUUUCUUAAUAUUUCCCAUUGAUGUCUUUGGAUUUGAUUCAUUUAUCUCCCAUGAGGAGAGGAUUCUGCAAGCACAACUCACUGAUCUUUUUCUCAGUCUUACAUGCUGAUAAUGGAUAACUUAUUAAUCUUGAAUCUUUCGGUACCUCUUAUAUCUAGUCAAAAUUGCUCUCAUAGUUUGUUAGAAAGACACCUAAUAUACUAAAGCAAACCAAACUUUGUCAAUUUUCUUACUGAAAUUUCCCAACCACAAAAACCAUCUUGAAGGUGUCCACCAACAUGAAGUGUGGGAUCUGGGCUGGGCUUGGGCCAUGAUACCAGCUACCAGUUUUAGAAUAUUAUUUCUUGGUUUCUUUAUUAGAAAUGGGUGCUAGUGGUAAUAGCUUUGUGGCUUAGUAAACUAAUUUGUGGAUGAUUUUCAAACACUCAGAGUCAAUAGCCUUGUAAUUAACACAGAUGUUUUGAGUGCAGUGUGGCUCAUUGACUGUCUUCUUACUCCCAUUAGUAGGUUCCUGAUCUUUAGGUGCUGUCUUGCCUAUUCCAGGGUAGCCCAAGUUGGGCCAGUCUGGACCAGUCCAUUCAGAGUUCAUUCUUUACCCUUCGUCCACUUACAUUCUUCUCUUUAGCCUCUUCACAUACACCUUUUCUUUUAUUUCUUCCCUCUGUUGUUCAUUCAUCAAGCAUUUCUUUAAGGCCACGCAAUGUACGAAGAUCUAAUCUGAGGACAAGAUAGGGCUCUGUCAUCAGAGAAGCCCAUGAGCUCUUGUUCUGUGCAGACUUACCUUUUCCCCAGGAUGACCUUGGCCUUCAUAUUCAGGUCUCUACAGAAUUUAGGUUUUCAGAGGUGCUGUUGGGCUGAUUUUUCACUCAUUCUUUCACUCAUUCAGUUUUUCAGCAAAUGCUUGGGACAAACCUGGUAUGCGCUGAGCUGUGAAACUGUACUUGGGUUUUAGAUUGAGACGCUCUGUGUCCCCUCUUUGUAGGCUUUCUGGAAAGAGUAACGCUGUGCACUUUUCGCAUUUACCCACUGUGACUAAUCAUAAACUAUCACCAUGAGUGACUGCAAGGUCUCAACAGCAACAAGAUUUUAAUCACCCGACUCCAACUUCAACUGUUAGACUCCAACUUCAGACAUUUCCUUUGUUGGUUUUAAAGAACUCUCCUUGCUCUACAAAUAGGACUAGUGAAACCCAAAGAUAGCCAGAGAGUGCCAUGAAAUGACAAAGAACUAAGAGCAGACCCAGAGUCAAGAGUCCAGACACCUGUCUCUAUAAUGGGCCCCCUGUUGGUGAAAUCAAGAGUAGAAUGAAUUCUAGAAAAUCUUAAAGUGCACUUUGGGGUAACUAGCACACUAUCUAGGUUCUUGGUGUCUUUUUAUUUUGCUUCUCGGUGCUGAGGUUGGAACUCAGGGCGUCACACAUGCUAGGCAAGUGCUCAUCACUGCGCAGUACCUCCAGCCCUGUUGUCCUGUUUUGAUGUGUGUCUUGGUGCUUACAUUAUGAAAGGAUUUGGCUGGGUUUCUUUGGGGUGGGUGAACAUCCAUUUUCAGCUUCUGAGAACAGAUCAUAGCCUUGAACCUGUCUGCCUGGGAGACCUGAUGCACUUAAGUUUUGUCUAUGAAAGCCUGACUUAAAAAAAAACAAAAACAGUCUCUAAGAUGAAUGGUGUUCAAAGUGAGUUAGUUGCUACGACAACCUUCAGGAAGAGCUACUUGUUUCCUAGUGCUUUUGAGCAGUACUGCCGUGCACAGGCAAUUUAGACUGGACGGUAGCCCUACAGCCUGUCAUUGGGACCACCCUGAGCCUCCUUUCCAUCUUUGUUCAGUUUCCUGUUGACCAAAUGGGAUUUCUGCUAAAGUAGGCUCUGCUGUGCCCAACAGGGCUGUUUAGUGGCUAAAGCAAACAAACUGUACACGUUUGUGACCAGCAUUUGUUUCUAUUCUUUUGUGAAACCAAUCAAUUACAGAUUAGUGGAUGGGUGCAUGAAGAUCUUGACUAAUCAAAAUCCCUUCUUGGAAAUACAAGUCAUAAAAUUCAAAGGAUGUCAAAGACCUUAGCUCGUUUAUAUGAUUUUUACUCCCAAUUGUGUGUAGCUUUGACAAGGAGUUUAACCAGGAGUCUAAAGACCUGCUUGUAUUACAUAGGCAGAGAAAAGCACUUUACGAAUGUUGAGUGGGGUGGGGUUAACCUGGUUACCACCUUAUUCCCAUAGUUCUGCACCCUGAACUGCAAAGCUCACCACCACCUUCUAUUUCCAGGGUAAUCGAAGUGUAAUUGACAUACUAAAGUUCACUUUUCCCAAUUAUACAGUGGCUUUUGACAAAUUUAUAACCAUCAAAAUCAACAUCUUUCCAUCACUCCUCAAAAUACCUUCAUAACCCAUUGUAGUCAAUUCCCUCUUCUCACCUCUUGGCCCAGCAACCCCAUUGAUGUUGUGACUCUAUAGUGUUGCCUUUUCCAGAAUGCCAUAUAAGUGGAGUCACACUGAUGUAGCCUUUGAGUCACUCAUGAGGUUGUAUGUGACAGUAAUGUGUCCCUUUUCAUUGCUGAGUAGUAUUUCAUUGCAUGGGGAAUGCACUGCUUCCUUAUUUUUAAAAUGAAUCCUUUGCCCUGGAAGUCAUGGGCCAGGAUCUUCACCUUGUUUGCAUUGCUGCUUCCUACAGCUCUCCCAAGGCUCCUCCAAAUGCCAGUUGUGCUCCCAAGUGCUUCUUAGGGCUCAAACUCAAUUUUUUUUGGUUCAUGCUUGAUUUUGGCCUAUGCCAAAAGCAGCCAAGGAUUGGAGGGGGACUGGCAGCCAAGGUCUGGGUUCCCCUCAUCACUGCUGCAACUGCAGCUUGCAUCUCAGCUGCAAGAUCCACUAGCUCCUGGGCUCUCACCUCAGUCCCCAUCCACCUGGCAUU